GUUAAAAAAAAGUGUCCUGACAACAAAGCUGGAAGGCGGAUUACUCCCCAAAAUAAUAAAGGCCAUGUGUGCACAUCUGUAGAAAUGGUUUGCGGCUCAGUCAAGCUGGAGCUAACUAAAUGAAACUAUGGGCUGUGCGUCAGCCAAGCAUGUUUCUGCUGUACAAAAUGAAGAGGAAGCUCAGAAGGGGAAAAACUACCAGAACGGAGAUGUAUUUGGGGAUGAGUAUAGGAUCAAACCUGUGGAAGAAGUCAAAUACAUGAAAAAUGGAGAAGACGACCAGAAAAUAGCUGCCAGAAACCAGGAAAACUUGGAAAAAAGUGCCACUUCACAUGUAAGGCUUAAGCCUAACAAAGAGCUUCCAGGAUUAGUACACCAACCUAGAGCAAACAUGCACAUCUCUGAAAGCCAACAAGAAUUCUUCAGAAUGCUGGAUGAGAAAAUUGAAAAGGGUCGUGAUUACUGUUCAGAAGAGGAGGAUAUCACAUAGUGCCAUUUCUGCUGAUCAAAACGGGAAUACUACUGUGUAAAUAGAUUACGGUCAAGAUCCUUUUUGGAAGUCUUCUCAAGUGAACAGCACUACAUAACAAAAGAUCAUUUCCACAUUGUAUGCUCCAUUCAGUUGCAGUGUUUCUUAAUGACCAUACAAUGAACGUUACGAGAGGAACGAAGAACAGCUUGUGUGGAACUGCCUUGGCUGAUGCUGGCUGAAACAUGUUGCAGAUUUUUCACUUAUCUGUGUCCAGGAACACAGCAAAUAUUUCAGCAUAAAAUCUUAAGUGACACUGUAGAUUUCACUUGGGCUGUUGGCCUAUUUUCUAUUGGCUGAAGUAGUAUUAUACAACACCUACUAUAACUGAGCAGCUGAACCUUCAAGUUCACUCUGUUUGUCAACCCCCCCUCCCCCCCGGGUUGCAGAGUUCUUAUUAAUAUGGACAAUUUAGAGCUUUGGAGGUGGGAUGCUUUGCCAUGACCGUCCUCGUUUCUCUGCUAGGAAGAAGUUACCAAUUUAAAAGCAUGUUGUCACACAAAUACUGGAUAUGGUGAUGCAGGAGCAGAAAUCUGUAUUUUUAAAAAAGUUUCUUUAACUAAGUAUUUCAAUCAAGGAAUAAGCUUGCAGUAUUGGCUUUGCUGACCACAGAUGGAAGUUGUGACCACAAUCAGUUUGAAUCCCUCUUUUUUUUCUAAGAAAAUAAACAUUUUACUGUUUUUAGGUAUUCUCGUCUUAUACCCAUUCAUGCAGUCCAGUGUGUUUAAAGAAUAAUUGGGCAAACAGGGUGGGAGCAAAGCACCCCUUUGGAAUUAUCCUGUGAGAGGAUGUUAUUUUAAAGCACCUGUGUGCCAAUUUGAGAUGUCUGUAGAGUUUAUUUUUCCACAUUAUAAAAAUAUGAUACUCUCUCUUCUCAAAGGCAGAUGUAAUAUUUUUAACAAAUAUUGUCAUGAGUAAAAAUAAGCCUAAGGUUUAAAAAACAAAAACACUUUUGCAUUUAUUCUUUAAAGAAGUUCAGCAUUUUUCUUCUAUGUCUUUGAGGGGGUAUAACCAUUUAAAAAUGCUUCUUGCAGCAAUAGAAGCUGGGGUUUAUAUCCCUCCUUUGCCUUACCAGGGUUUCAAGGUGGCCGUCCGUCAAGAAAAGUGUAUAAAUUGAAAAAGCACAUUUUAGAUUAGUCUGUGGAAAUUGUAAUACAGUUGAAGUGAAGAUUUUACCCUGGAUCAAGAUAGAUAUUGCACAUAGGAUUCUACCCGCCCCCGAGUCCAACUAGUUGAAUUACGUCCUUGCUUAGCUAGUAUCAGUAUAAUGGACCAUGAGCAUCAUCCAGCCUCUCUAGCUGUGAUGUCUUUUGUCUCCAUCUUGAUGAGAUAUGUCACAGUGACUAGGUAUGUAGAUCCCAUCCCUCUGGUUGCCUUCGGAUAAACUGCUAUGACUUGGUUGAUGUCACAGAGGGGCCUUGGGCAUUUGAUUCUGAAGUAGGUGCCCAGCCUUUAUAAAACGGAAGCCACUUUUCCCACCCUGGUGUCCUCUAGAUGUUUUUGGACCAGAACCCCCAUCAGCCCCAGCCAGAAGGUGGAGCUAAGCAUGGAAACAUUGUCUACAUGCCGUGGGCUUUUGUGUGGUGGUAACUGGGUGCGAAUCAGUUGAGUGGCUCCAGAUUUUUCACAGGAAAGGGCAACAACAGUUUCUGCUUAAGAUAAGAGAUAACUGUGUUCUUAAGCAUAAAUGUUUACAAUGAGAUUGAUUUACCAAUUGCCCUUUUGUGAACUGUCUUAAUUUUUUCCAUAUUCACCGUAAGCUCAUUGGUCUAACUUUUAAAUGUUCUCGCUGGUGUCCUGUCUCGGCAUUCCUUCCUGCUCUCUUGAUUCCACUGGUUCUAGUCAUCUUCUUCCAAGGUAUAUUCUUCCAGUUCAUUUCCAUGCCCCUCCUUUUCCUGUUUCUAGCACCUUCUUUUUCGAAGAAUCCUGUCCCCUUUGAUACUCACGUUAUUGCUUCACCUCUAUACAACAUUUUAAACUGCUUAAAAUUUACCUUUUCUCUUUUUCUGAUUUCCCCCUUUCCUUGGUACCUUGUUUUUAAUUUCCCUUACCCAUUCCUCUCUUUACUUCCCCCUGUCUAUCAUGUCUACCUCAGAUUGUAAACCUACAGGUAUAAUUUCCCCCCUGAGACUAUGUGACAUAGGCAUUGGUUACAAUUUAUAAGGGGUGGUGUGGAUCCAAAACCCUUUUUCCCUUCUGUUUUAGCAUUUCCAGAAAAAGGGUGUCAGAAUAUGGGACUAGGUAAAGGGUAGAUCUGUGCUAGAUGGUGUCUUCAGCCCCUGCUAUUUGCAAUGGUGCCCAAUGGAGGAGACCAUACCUUGUUCAGAGCCAAAUACUUUGGGGGACUUGAUCAUGAUGUGAAGUAAUUCCCUGCAAUAAGAAGCCAGUAUGCAAAUAGAGGGAAGCAAAAUUUACCCUUGGAAGUCACGUUCUGGCUGCAGAAAUGUUGAAUGCCAUAACCAACUUGUUCAGACUUCUUUCAGCUCCUAUUUUCUCCAGUUUUUGUGGGGAUGGGGGUGCCCUAAAGAGGAAAGAUAACUGGGUGUGAAAUAAAUUCACAUGGAAUAUACUAUACAUUACUGAAUAUUUGUAUAGUCUCAUAUCAGUACUACUUUCUCCCAAGUUUACUGGAAGUUGCUUUUCCGGGUUCCCUGUGUCUUGUUUGAUCAAAGUCUAAUUUAUCCUGAUUUUUCUCUAGAAUUAAAAGAGAGGCUUCUGUUCUCCUA